AUGUGGUCGCUCUUCACAAUUGCCCCGUAUGCAUGCAUACUGGGCCUCCUCCUCUUUGUCUAUUUCAUUGCUUAUCCAUUUGUAGAGUACAUCCGGGAUCCUAAAGGCCUCCGGAGGUAUCCCAACUUUCACCCCUUCUCAGGCAUGUCUGCCAUUCCUUUCAUGGUGCUCGCAUCCCGAGGCUUCCGUUCCAUGGAGCUCUUGAACCUACACCGGAAACAUCCCGUCCUCCGCACCGGACCCAACACGCUGUCGUAUGGCGACGUCCGCGCCAUCAAGGACAUCUACGGGCACAACACCAAGUGUAUCAAGGAUCCGUCGUACAUUGUCACGGCAGGCACACACUACCACCUAGCCGACGUGGUCGAUAAGCCCGACCACGCGCGCAAGCGCAAGGUGCUUUCCUCGGCGUAUGCCCUCAAGAAUCUGGAGACGUGGGAGUACAAAGUCAGCGACAAGCUCGAGCGGCUGAUCGCGCACUUUGACCGGGUCUGUACGAAGCCUCCCUCGGCAGCUGUGGCGGAGGGCAAGGCGGCACCCGAUCCGGCGGAUCUGACGGUCGACUUUCGCGCCUGGACCAACUUCUUCACUCUCGACGCCAUCGCCGACAUCGGUCUCUCGGAGAAGCUGGGCUUCCUGGAUAGCGGCAGCGACGUGUGCACGGCCGAGAGGAAAGACGGGACGACGUAUGAGGUCCACCUCCGCGAGGCGCUGUAUCCGACCGCGCGCAAGCAGUCGCUGAUUCUGUGGAACUACGAAUGGUACCCCGUGCUCAACAAGCUAGUAAACAUCAUCCCGUUCUUCAGGCGGAUGCAACGCUCGUCAGACAACUGGGAGAACAUCGUGUGGCGGCGCGCAUCCCAACGCCUCCGCCGCUACGAGGCCGGCGAGAAACUGGACGAUUUCUUCCAGGCACUAAUGGAGGACAAGAAUGGACACCCGAACAAUCUUGAAUGGGGCGAGAUCGUCGCCGAGGUCAACAUCAUGAUGAACGCUGGCAGCGUCACAACCGCCAUCGCCAUCGCCAACGUCAUGUACCAGCUGCUCAAGAACCCGCGCUGUCUGGCCAAGCUCCGCGAAGAAGUCGACGCCGUUCUAGACGAGGAAGACAUCAUUGCCCCCUACGACAAAGUCAAGCACCUCCCCUACCUCCGCGCUUGCCUUGACGAAUCCCUCCGCAUCUUCCCGCCCACCUCGCACGGCCUCCCGCGCCAGACCCCGCCCGAAGGCAUGGAGAUCCUGGGCCAGUGGGUGCCGGGCAACACCUCGGUGAGCAUCUCGGCGCUGGUCGCCCACCGCGACGAGUCAGUCUUCCCGCAGGCGGACCAGUACAUCCCCGAGCGGUGGCUGGGUGAAGAAGGCAAGGCGCUGCAGCCGUACUUUGUGGCCUUCUCGGCAGGCGCUCGGUCCUGUAUCGGGCGGAAUAUCUCUUACCUGGAGCAGACCAAGGCCAUCGCCACGUUGGUGCAUCGGUAUGAGUUUGCCCUGCCUCAUCCGGGGUGGGAGUUGAAGCGGUUGGAGACGAUGAAUCUGAUUUUGGGAGAUAUGCCUGUGAAGGUGUGGAGGAGGCAAACGUGA